AUGCAGCCCGCAGUUGAAAGUGCAGUCACGCGCCUUCUAGUCUCCAUCAAGCAACUCCUCGAGUCGCUCACCAAAUGGAGUCAAAGAGAAGUCGACGAAGCGUUCAUCAGCGAUGUAUACGUCCGUCUAGGGAAUGACUUCAACGGUGCGGUAGCGGCCUUCGCUAUGUAUAGGAUUGAAAUGACCGAGCUCAUGGCUGUGCCGGAAGAGCUGCGCGGCGUGCUUGAGACGUGCCUCUCAGAAGAGGCGUCAAAGGAGACACUAGACCAGUAUCUUCCGAAGGUGCGCAGCAUCAUCACCGACCUCCUACAAGGUCUGCGGCAAAAGCAGUCCAUGUAUCGGCGGAUUGUCUCAGACGGUCGGCACCGCUCGUCUGGAACGGAAGGCGGCAGCGACCGCGAUAGCAAGUCAUCACGGGUAGACAGGUCCUCGAGGAGACAAGCAGAGCUUGCGGUCACGAACGGGGAAGGUUCUGAGAGUUCACGGUCAGGCGACAUCCGCAGGAGUACGCCGUCAGGCAGGCGAAAAGAGGUACCUUCCGUGCAGGCAGUGGCAGCGAACGAAGGGACGGCCCCUCGAUCAUCAACGCCAGUACAAGCUCUUCCUCGCUCCUCAACACCAGUCCAGCCCCGUCCUCAACUCGCUGCCGCUCAGUCAUAUCCUAGUCCUCGUAUCGUCCCCUCAGAGAUCAGCGAACCAACGCCCUCUCGCGCACGCUCUGCAUCCGCCGUUCAAUCUCCGCAACCCAACGGCUUUCACGACCGCGACGCUACUCCACGACACCACUCGCUACACGAAAGCCGACAUACAGAAGAUACCACGCCCACGCCCACGCCUCCACUACCACAACCUACUGCACGCCCUCCGUCAGGCGUGCCCGCUCACGUCAAGCGCUACUCACUAGUCGACCGACCUGUCACUUCACCAACCCCUCCUCCUUCCGUCGUCGUAGACGAGCCGACCUCACCGCCAAUCGAACAGGCCUCAUCGCAGAUAGAGUCGCCCCAGAUCAAUGGCGAUAACGAGCUUCCUCCCUCGGAUUCGCAGACACUUGCUGCAGAGCCUGGCGUGCAGACCUCCUUGGCCGCGCUUCGAGAUCGCACGACACUCGAGCGGCGGGCAUCCAAGCGUUUCUCGUCCUACAACUUCGCGAAGAUGGUUGGUGGAGGCUCACUCCGCGAACGACCGUCCGGCUCUGGGAGCAACACGCCAAAUCGACGGUCAUUGGCCGUCUCGAGCGCGCUCAGCCCCGGCGACCUGGCUGUGCUCACGGAGGCUGAGGAAGAGGGGAUAAGCGCCGUUACCUCGUCCCCCGCCAGGAGAGCAAGAAGCAAAGGCCCUCGCCAGCCUUCAAGGAAUCCGAGCCCGAUCGCAGAAGAGGAGGAGGCUCCCCCUGUGCCCGCACUCCCACUCAAAGAGCCAACGGUUCAGCCGGGUGUACCACCCGUCCCGAUAUCCGCUCCGACCUCAGAACCCGAGCCUGUAGAAACAUCGCCGACGAUGCUGACGGUGUUCCUGCAGGUGGGGCGAGAGGUCAAGAAGGCGACGAUCGAGCCAGGCAUGACGCAGUCGAGCUUGAAGCUGCUCUUCGUCGACAAAUUUUCGUACAACCCUGGGCAGGAGAAUUUCCCUGCGAUCUAUAUUCGGGACCCUAGCAGUGGUGUGCAGUAUGAACUUGAGGACAUGGACGAGAUCAAGGACCGGUGCUUGCUGUCGCUGAACAUCGAACCUCUGGACCAGAUCAAACAACACAUUGACGUACAGAUCGCCUCGCUCGCACAAGAGAUGAAGGAUCUCCGAGCUGCCGUGUCUACGAAUAGGCGGACAUCCAUGCCACCUCCCAUGAUCAUCGCCCAGCCGCUCGCUGAGAGCACCCCUGCAACUGCGCGACCGAGCGAUUACCAGUUCCGCAAGGUCGCCCGGCGACUGUCGCGGCUGCUACCUGACGACGGUCCACUCUUCGAAGAGGAGUCGACACCCCUGGCGGCGCAAAUCACAGGCGCCUCAAUCCAGCCACAGAUGACGGGCGCCUCGGUCACGUCCGAGUACACGAACCGUGUCGUGACCGAUCUGAAGACGCAGUUCGACGAGGUACAGAAUCUGCGGCGUGACCUCGGCAUCAUGCGACAGCUGUACAGCGAGUUCAUGAAGCAAACAAAGGAGUCCCUCGGUACACUCCGUACGCAGACUCAGAACGUCCGGCAGCUGGCAUCCAACAAGGUCGGCGGCGCGCGGCAGUACAUCGACGACGGGAAGACCAAGCUCGACUCGCGCAGCCAGAACGUGCUCACGAAGAUGGAGGAGUUGCAGGACACUGUCGAGAACAUCAAGGACGAUGUGAUCAAGCGAUCCGUCUCGCCGAAGCCGUUCGUGCUCAAGAACGUCAAGGGCGACGUGGAGGCGGUCGCGGCGGAGCUACAGAGCCUCAAGGAGCACAUCCAGACCGUCAAGCCGAUGUGGAAGAAGACGUGGGAGGAGGAGCUACAGAACAUUGUCGAGGAGCAACAGUUCCUCCAGCACCAGGAGGAGUUCCUCAGUGAUCUUCUCGAGGACCACAAGGCUGUCAUCGAAGUGUGGGGCCACGUCGAGAAGAUCAUCUCGUUGCGGGGAAAUGCGUCGGCAAGAGCCAGUCGCUCGAGGGGCUUCAAGCUACCACCGCCGGACGAGGGGCACACGGGUCUAAGCACUGUCAUGCUUGAGAUUCGCGGUGCAGCUGCCGACCCGGAGCGGAGACUGAAGGCGAUCGCGGCGACGGAGAAGGCGCGUGAGAAGGAACUGGCCAGCCGGUCUGACGAGUUCCAGAAUGAGCUGAGCGGGUUCGUGGAUGGCAAGAGGCUGAAGAAGACGGGUGGCGCGGAGGAGGUGGAGAGGGUGCGGCAACGGCGGAACGAGCAAACGUUGAAGGCCAUGUUCACGGGCGGGUCUCUCGCGCCCUCGAAUGGUUCUGGCGUGUCUUCGGGGCCAGCUUCGCCCCUCUCGCCAUGA